AGCCGGGCACCCAUACCUCACAGGUUUGGCAAUAGCUGGUGGCGUUUAUUGGCGUGGCGCUGAAGGUGCUUUUAUUGGUCCAAUUCUGCUAUGUUGUGUUCUGGUUGCUGCCAACCUCUACCGCAGUCUACCCGACUCUUCUUCGUUGCAGGAUUACUGCCCCCAUGGCCUUAUAUCUGACGGGCUCUGUAAUGAAGGCUCAAAGCGUAACAGCCUGCCUGCACCAUCCACCUUGCUUUCAACAACCACUUCUGGCUCAAAUUGUGCAAACAUUCCACAAUCUUCGAUGGAGGCUGUCUUAAAACUGAUCAUUGUAUAA